CUUUCGGUCCCGAUUUUCGAGUACAGUGUGUCAAAGCGCAUCAUCUUCCUCGUUGCUCUAUUUUACGAAGAGCUUUUGUGUGUCAGUGUUUUAUCGCGAACGUUUCGAUUUUCGCGGAUUCAAUUCGACAUAUCCUAGAUUGCAUUUCCUUGAUUGAUUAUAUGUUGAAGUACUAGUGGAAACAAACAGAAGCGGAAAAGACGAAGCAAAGGAAGGUAAACGAUGCGCGGCCGGUGCAUGUGACUGUUGCCGGAGGUUUUGUAACACGGACAACGAGAGGAGGAGGAUCAAAAUGCAAAAGGGAUUAUAUUCUCGUUAACGGAGAAGAGAAACAUUUCUCGCUUUGAACUGGAACGAAGGGCCAUGUCCUCCUGGCCAUACACAACGAGCCCUACUCUAACUUCGUCGUUUAUAAUGUUGACGCUUACGACACGAAUACCGUUGGCACUAACGUCGAAUUAUACCAAGGCCGAUGGAGUCGUUUGGGACGACAACAUGACGAAGGAGGUGGACGACAAGGAGGAGGAAUACACGCCAUACAGCGAGCGGCCCGAGACGUACAUCGUACCGAUCGUCUUCCUCCUCAUCCUGCUGAUCGGUCUCACCGGAAAUGGCGUGCUAGCCCUUACGAUCCUCCGGCACACGAAUAUGAGAAACGUGCCCAACACGUACGUUCUGUCGCUGGCGCUCGGCGAUCUACUGGUCAUAGUAACAUGUGUCCCGUUCACCUUUACCGUCUACAUUUUGGAUUCCUGGCCUUUCGGACUAUUACUAUGCAAACUUUCCGAAUGUGCCAAGGACAUCUCCAUCGGCGUUUCCGUUUUCACGCUGACUGCUCUCUCAGCGGACAGGUUCUUCGCCAUCGUGGAUCCUAUGCGAAAAUUACACGUCACAGGUAGCGGAAGACGUGCAACGCGCUUUACCGUGAUGGUUGCGGUGCUGAUUUGGGUAUUGGCUAUAGUAUGUGCGAUCCCGGCUACCUUCUCGUAUAUCAGAGUCUUCAAGGUCAACCGGAAUGUGAGCUUCUGCGCGUGCUAUCCGUUUCCGGACGAGUUUGGGCCAAAUUAUCCAAAAGUGUUGGCGAUAUGCCGCUUCUUCAUCUACUACGUGAUACCUCUCAGCAUCAUCGCAGUUUUCUACAUGCUGAUGGCCAGGCAUUUAAUGCGCAGUACAAGAAAUAUAAUCGGCGAGAUGCAGGGCCAGGUGAAGCAAGUACAAGCCCGUAAAAAAGUAGCAAAGAUGGUGAUGGCCUUCGUCAUUGUGUUUGCCGUAUGUUUUUUACCGCAACACGUUUUCAAGCUGUGGUUUUAUAUCUAUCCGACUGCGCAAAUGGAUUACAAUGCCUUCUGGCAUUAUUUCCGUAUUUUAGGUUUCUGCCUCGCUUUCACCAACAGCUGCAUCAAUCCCAUCGCUCUCUACUGCGUGAGUGGUACUUUCAGAAAGUACUUCGACAGAUAUCUAUUGUGUUGCGCCACGAAGAAGAUGCAAAGACGGAAUCGACGGUAUUCGGAUCUAAGUUCCCGCGUAAGAGGGCAAAGUUUCUCAGUUGUCAGUUCGAGAAAGUAUUUGGGCGAUUCUCGUCGGGAGCAACGAAGUGUCAUACGUCUGUCUAUCAUGGCAGGUGAUAUGCGAUCGAAUGCUCCAAUCAAGGAGCAAGAAACUACUAUCACUCUGUCGGCAUAUCCGAAUGGUAUCGACGAGUCGUUAAAAAAUCAACGAAUUCCGAUAGAACCAAACGUACGAGAUCGAUUAGUUGUCUCGUAGAGAAAAUAACUGACAUUACAUAAGUGCAUAUAAAAUAAUUCUUAUGUCAUUUAAUAUAUUGAUCGAAUUUAUAUUUUAAGAAUAUCUUUUCACAAGCUAUUCCCGAAUCACAAUUUAUCUAGUCGCGACUACUCGAAAGUUAAGAGUAGAAAGUUAAAAUCGGCGAUCUUUGAAUUACUCUGUUACAGUAUUAGGGUGGCAUAUUGUUCCUUAACACAAUUCGAGAUAAUGUCACACGCGUGUAUGUUUCUGUUUAAACAUAUUUGCGUUUCUCAUAUAUAAAGAGACAUAUUUAAUGAUAAGAUGUUGAUAAUAGUAGUGCCAGCGAUAAUUAACGAUAAGCGAAGUAAACAGAACUGAUUCUGUAUGCUUUUUUGAAAAAUUUCAAUGUAUUGUCCGACCAAUAAAUACUACAUUCCGCCGAAUAAAUUACGCUAUUAGAGUUUAUAGCUUAUUGUUAGACAAAAGUAAAACAAAAUAAGAUUUUAAGGCAAAAGCAACUGCGAAUGUAUACUACUAUUUGUAUAGGAAAGUAAAUAGAGAGAUAGAAGCCAAAAUUGUAUUAUCAAACAAUUCUUAAUUACUGUAAAGAUAGUAUAAUAAAUAAAUAAAGAAAUAUCUAAUUGU